CGCCUUUGAGGCAGCUACCCCGCCAUCGGCCGAGACACCAAGCUGACUACGUACUUUUCCAACCCAAAGCAGAACACCACUGCCAAUCUGGAAACGACAUCGUCGCCAACAUCCUCACCAACCUCGACACGGUGUCUGCCAUUUCUGCUACCAGUAUCCGACAUGCGAAACUGCCUUAAAAUCUAACAGGAAAACUCUCCCUCCAAACCUCAUUCGUCAACAGCUCUCCCACCCUCCAAAACUUCACCACCCAGCUGUCGUUCGAGAGCUUACAACCUUGAGGGUCCCCGGUUCCCACUCGGCAAAGCUCACCGAUCACCUACCCAAACUCAGUCCCAGCAUCAACACUCCAGAAUACACAACCAACACGCAACAUCGCCCAUCAUGUCGAGCAAGCGCAUCGCCAAGGAACUGACCGAAGUCACCACGACCCCUCCCACGGGCAUGACAAUCACCCUCGCCCGCGACUCCGACCUCCACGCCUGGCACGUCUCCCUCACCGGCCCCGAAAACACCCCCUACGCAGGCGGCACCUUUGCCGUCCUCGUCGACCUCCCCAAAGACUACCCCUUCAAGGCCCCCGUCGUCAAGUUCGCCACCCGCAUCUACCACCCCAACAUCACAAACGACGCCAACGGCAACAUCUGCCUCGGCAUGCUCAAAUCCGAAAACUGGAAGCCCGCCACCAAGCUCGCCGCCGUCCUCGAGGCCGUCCGCUCCCUCCUCGUCGAGCCCCUGCCCGACGACCCCCUCGAGGCCCGCAUCGCCGACGAGUUCAAGAAUAACCGCCCCGAGUUUGAGAAGAAUGCAAAGCAGUACGUCACGCGCUACGCAAAGGGCCCGGCUAGCUUUGCCGCCUCUGAACCGCCUGCCAAAUGAAGCGAGCAUCAUGGCCAGUAAUAGCACGAUGUGCGUAGUGUCUUCUCAGCCACGGCGGGGCAGAAGAGGACGUAAGCACGACCAGAACACCACGAGAGCUCCUGGGGACUCCAACCAUUUUUUUCGAGUGAUUCAAGCAAAGAGUAUAGAAAACGACGGCGUUGGUCGGUCCAGACAGUGAGCAUUAACGGCGUUGGGGAGAUGGGAUUUCAAAUUGUUCCAUGCUUUUCCCAUGGAUUUGGAAUAGUCUCUAGACUUUCAGAGGGCAUGAGCAGAGCUUUGGCAGCCAACAGCCGGUCCAUUGCGUGGAUCGGUAGUCUGGACUGUCCCAUAUUAUGCACUUUAUCUAGGACGGCGUUCAUAUUAGAUUGUUACAGGACGCUGAAUCAAAUCACUCAUCAUC